AUGGUUCAGUACGAUCAAUUCAACGGGAUGUUCCCUCUCACUUCCCUCCCAUCCCGCGGAAGGACGAACAAUGCUGAGAAUCCUCAAACACCAAGCGAGCCAAUCCACCCAAGAGUGAGGAGACUGUCCUCGACCAGUGGCCCUCGGCCUCAUUACUGCGCCAGGUGUCACUUGCGACGAACGUCCCAAGAACGACAUUUUCCGAUUGAGCAUGACUACUCCUCCAGCGAGGAGGAAUGGGAGGGCUUUUGCCCCGACAUCUCAAUGCCCAAAGACCUUACUCCUCCACCAACACCUCACCACAAAAGACGGCACUCGUGCCUCUGCCCAGCCAGUUUGAUCACUCAGGAGCACAAAAGCGGCUCCGUGUCACCGGUGCAGAUGACCGUGAAGGAGGCUGCCGCCCGGUGUCCUCAUUACGGCCAGCACAGCAAGUGCAACUGCCAGAAUGUGCUUCCGGAAGAGAACUUGGAAGAAAGAUACGGCCUCGUGGAAGCGCCCGGCCAGACUCGGCGGAAGUUGAGCCUGGAGAAGGACGCCGCGAAUCAAUUGGCCGGCAUCAUGCACGCAGAACUUAUUGCAGAUAUGCAGGCCCGGAACAGCAGACUCUGA